GGCUCCGGCGUUGAGAGCCAACCGCAGCCGUCUGUGUGUUUUUCGUCUCCUCCCAGCUCCGCCCCGCUCUGCUGCCGAAUGUAAACCACAUACGCAAGAUCCUAACAGCCUGUCCGCUGUGUGCAGAAACUCCACAAACCGCUUUCGGCGCGGACAUGGUCCCGGUGAUCUGGAGAUGAGGCUCCGAAAUGGCACCUUCUUGACUGUCUUCUUGUGCCUCUGCGCUUUCGUGUCGCUCUCCUGGUACACCACGUUCAGCAACCCCAAAGGCGAUGUGGUGGACGUUUACCAGCGGGAGUUCCUUGCCUUGAGAGAGCGACUUCAUUUAGCAGAGCAGGAAAACCUGAAGCGCUCUAAGGAGCUUAAUCUCGUGCUGGAUGAAAUUAAGAGGGCUAUUGCAGAAAAGCAGGUGUUGCGUGACAUUAACCGCACCUGGAGCAACCUCUCAGAUGAAACAAAACUUAAGUUGUGGAAUGUCACCAACAAAAAUGUUCUGCAGUUGCCCAGCAUCUUUCAGCACCUGCCACACCUGCUGGCUAAGGAGAAUAGCCUGCAACCAGCUGUUCAUGUGGGCCAAGGCAGGACUGGUGUGUCCAUUGUGAUGGGGAUCCCCAGCGUUAAGAGGGAGGUGCACUCCUACUUAACAGACACUCUUAAUUCUUUGAUGGGGGAGUUGUCUGCCACUGAGAGGGAAGACUGUGUUAUUGUGGUGCUGAUUGCAGAGACUGAUCAACAAUAUGCAAAUGGUGUUGCUGAUAAUCUGAAGCAACUAUUUCCCAAUGAGAUUCAGUCGGGGCUCCUGGAGAUCAUCUCACCUUCCAUCCACUUCUACCCAGAUUUCUCUCGUUUAAAAGAGUCAUUUGGUGACCCCAAGGAGAGAGUCCGGUGGAGAACAAAGCAAAACCUGGACUAUUGCUUUCUGAUGAUGUAUGCCCAGUCCAAGGGAACUUACUAUGUGCAGCUUGAAGAUGACAUUGUGGCUCGACCAAACUACUUUACGACAAUGAAGAACUUUGCGUUGCAGCAGCCUUCUGAAGACUGGAUGAUUUUGGAGUUUUCACAGCUUGGCUUUAUAGGCAAGAUGUUCAAAUCUCUGGACCUCUCUUUGAUCGUGGAGUUCAUGCUUAUGUUUUACAAGGACAAGCCCAUUGAUUGGCUCCUUGACCACAUCCUCUGGGUGAAAGUGUGCAACCCAGAGAAAGAUGCAAAACAUUGUGACAGACAGAAGGCAAACUUGAGGAUUCGCUUCAAGCCUUCACUCUUCCAACAUGUAGGGACUCACUCAUCUCUUGCUGGCAAGAUUCAGAAGCUCAAGGAUAAAGACUUUGGAAAGCAGACGUUGCACAAGGGCCAUGCAAACCCACCAGCAGAGGUAACCACCAGCCUCAAGACGUACCAACACUUUACUCUGGAGAAAGCAUACCUUGGCGAGGACUUCUUUUGGGCCUUCACUCCAGUGGCAGGAGACUUCAUUCGAAUCCGCUUGUUCCAGCCUGUCCGCAUUGAGAGGUACUUCUUUCGCAGUGGAAACAUUGAGCAUCCCGGUGACAAGCUGUUUAAUACCACUAUCGAAGUCUUGCCAUUUGAUAACAUUCAGUCAGAGAAGGAAGCGUUAAAGGAGGGCAAUGAGAAAACACCUAAGUACCAGCGCACAGAAGAUGGCUUCAUUCGAAUUGGCUCCUUUUCCAAUGGAAUUGCAGAGGGAGAAGUGGACCCAUCUUUUGGACCACUGGAGGCUAUACGCCUGUCAAUCCUGACAGAUUCACCGGUCUGGGUGAUUCUUAGUGAGAUAUUUAUAAAGAAGGCUGAGUGAGGUUGUCCAGGAAAAACUAUCUGCACGGUGCUCUAAACGAAGAGGAGGCAUUCCAGGAGGCCUUUGCAGGUACUCAACUGAGAGUGCUCAAGCAGCUUCAUCUUUUACUGCCACUUGUGGCUGGAUGCUGGAACAGCAGCAAUGUCGUGCACAGCUGCAAAACCCCCGAAGAGGAGCUUUUUAUAACCCGUGAAAAAGUUGGAUGCAAUUUCUCCAGCUUAUGAACUUUACUUAUGUGUAUAAGAAGAUAUAAAUUCUUUGAUUGUGCACAAGUAAUGCACAUGUGUCUGUUCUCAUUACAAUGGCAGAUACAGCGACAUCUUUACAGGAGCAGACGUAGUACUGCUUCACACAAGCAUAGAAAUAGCACAUCAUGUGGGAGGGUGAUUAUUGCCCUGAAGGUUAUUCUAAAUCAUCUGUUGUGCUAAACAAAAUUUCUCUUCUCGCCCUUUGCCAAAUUGUUUGCUUUUCUCCAAAUGAAAACUAUGCUGCCCUAAAGUGAUUUUAUUUAUAGGUUGGUGAAGAAGCACCUGAGAUGUUUUAACAGCGGACUUAAUUAUGAAUGUGUUGUGGGGUUGGAGUGCUGCUGCUAUUAUGAUGAUGAUAAAGGCACCGUGCAGGUGCCAGGGAGUGAGCACGUUGCUUAUCAUUCGUUGUGAAUAACUGUUCAUUACGACAAGAACACAUUGGGAUAACCUGUACAAAGAAAGAAGAACUUGCCUACACCCCCCAGGUCAUGCUCAUAAGUCCUAGGUACCAGGAAAUGGAGACCACAAAUGGAACUAGAAGACUAAAAGAAUCAAAUCAAUUAAAUUAACAGCUGAAAGAUGAGUUGAGAUUACCUCUCUAGUAAUGGACAACCCCAACGCUGACCAUCUCCUCGAGCAGCAACAUGUAAAAAAGAAACAUUGAAAUGUAUCAACAUACUGUGGCAGAGAUUCUGGGGUGUACUGCUAAGGGAUCUGCUGUGGCACAAGAUGAAUGUGAAAAGCAAAAGUUGUCAGACAAAAUUACUGUUCAUUAGGUCGGGCGGGUUGGGGGGUGAUGGCAUGCGGUCAGAUUCCUGCAACAGGCAUGAUUGUUUUAGAACAUCAGCACCACGUGUAAUGAAUUCUCAAUCAAAAUCACAUGAAAAGGAGGUUAGUGAGUACGUUCUUUCAUUCCAUUUAAGUCCAAGCUGCAAGUGAGAACGUGUAACAGAAUGUUGUUGUCUGGAAGUGUUGUGUUUAAGAUGGAAAUGAGCAGAGACUACAGCAGCCAUCUUUAUUUGAUAUAGCGCCUAGCCUGGCACCUCAGACAAUGUUAGUAGUGUUGUACUUUCUUCUUUCCCUCAACUGUCCUGUUGUUCUCGGUUUUAAGUUUUUGUUUUUUUUUUGGUCAAUUUCUCCGUCCUGUAAAAAAAAAAAAAAAAAAAAAUGUACUGUGGUCCUGUAGACCAGCCUUUUGAUUACCCUUCCACUCUUAUUAUUUUUUUAAAGGAUGAAAAUGGGUAGCAAAAUAUAAGGUCCGAAUUCUGUUCGACAAAGGCAAAGAGAAAUGCAGGGCCAAAAGGAGAGAAAAUGUGGUGCUGUCCUUUACUGUUGGUGUACAGAGGUACAAGUGUAAAAAGUAAGAUGGUGGCUGGUCAAGAAAGCCAGAGGUCCUAACUAAAAGGUCGGUAAAAGUUGUCUCAAUCAAGGAGGAAUUGUGGUGCGGAGUAAAUUGCAAUUGUCCGUUUCAUUAUAUGCAACCCUGUCUGCCAUUUGGGUUUUAAGGAGACUUGACGAUGAGCUUUCAGACCAUCGGAGACAGCUUGCCAACAAUUGGGGUGGAAACCAAUGGUGCAGAUCUGGCACCCCGUGCCUUGGGUGGUAGAACUUAAGGAAGACAAAGAGUUGAAAAUAGAGCACUUGAUACAUCAAAAAUGUCACCGUUGUCAUCUGUGCUUAUGUUUAUGCCAUAUUUGUUAUUGUCUUGUUUUGUUAUUGAGGUGGAUGGGAUUGUUACACUAAUUUCCUCAAUACCCACAGAUUAGGAGGGCCCUCUGUUAGGUGGCUGCACAGUUCUUGCUCAAGUCCAUAACUCACAUUCAUGAGGCCUUAACUUCACAAGCAAAUGUCAAGAUGACCCUCGGGCAUUCAAGGUCCUGCUGAUGCUAUUUAUGGAACAUUUGUUUGACCUUGGUAGGGGCGAUUUGGGGGGG